AUGUAGAGCAAAGAAGGCCCAUGAGGUUAAACCAUUGAAUAAAAAAAUACUAAUCAUGGUCUCUCAUUCAUUUUCCUUAAACUUCAUUUUUACGCCAGCUUUAACCCUCUCCGACGGCGUAGUGACCGGCCGUCAACUUCCUCACACAAUUCCCCUCACAUCCCCAUCCCACCCACACCCGUUGACAUACUUAUUUCCAUAUUUAUUCCCCUUUCUUCCUAUAAAAUAUGAUUGCUUCAAUCUUUCUCCAUAUAUACAUAUAUAUGCACGUACACUUUAAUCCUAUAGAGAGUUUUAGAGAAAACAAAUAGUGGAAAGCUAGUUAGCAUUGAGAUAUUGGGAGGUGAAUGGGUUCAACGAACGGCGGAGUCCCACCGGGGUUUAGGUUCCAUCCGACGGACGAGGAGCUACUCCAUUACUACUUGACCAAAAAAGUGUCGUUUCAAAAGUUUGAUAUGGAGGUCAUUAGAGAAGUGGACUUGAACAAGAUGGAACCUUGGGAGUUGCAAGAAAGAUGCAGAAUUGGAUCAAGUCCACAAAACGAGUGGUAUUUUUUCAGUCACAAGGACAGGAAAUACCCAACAGGGUCAAGGACUAAUAGGGCUACCAAUGCUGGGUUUUGGAAAGCUACGGGGAGGGACAAAUGCAUUAGGAACAGCUACAAGAAGAUUGGUAUGAGGAAAACCCUUGUUUUCUACCGUGGAAGAGCUCCCCAUGGCCAAAAAACUGACUGGAUCAUGCAUGAAUACCGGCUCGAGGACGGGGAUGAUCCUCAAGGAAACCCCACUGAAGAUGGAUGGGUGGUAUGCAGGGUGUUCAAGAAGAAAAACCUCUUCAAAGUUAGCAACACCAUCAAUGGAGGUUCAAGCCUUAACUCCUUAGAUCAACACCACCAUCUCAAUAUGAACCACACCAACACCACUUCAAGCAGUAGCCAAACUCAACCACCACCACCACUAUCUUUCAUGCAUAGAUCAAAUGACCAGUACAACCUCAACACCACCACCACCACCACCUUAGAGCUAAACAAAGCUGAAUUAGCCCUUCACUACCCUCCCCACAUUCCAACACCAACCCAUCAAUACUCCCUUUUCCAUCCCCAAACCCUACUUCCAACCCACAAAAGCAUGACCGCCUACGAGUACGCCCCGCCGCCGCCGGUCGGUCUCCCAUCGGAAUCUUCCCACCCUAUAAUGAUCAAACAACUUAUGUCAUCCAACCCUAGGGAUUGUGAUAGUGGGAGUGAAAGUGUGAGGUACCAAUGUGAAACCGGCCUAGAAGGUGUUGCCGCGGGUGGUGGUGGUAGUGGAAGAGAUGAUGAAAAUGAAGGGAUGAAUGAAUGGGGCAUGUUGGACCGGUUGGUCACAUCUCAUAUGGGAAUAGGUCAAGAUUCAUCAUCUAAAGGGGUAAGGUUUGAAGAUAGUAAUAAUAAUGGUACAAAUGUCACAUCGGUCCACCCAAUUAAUCAACUUUCACUUAGAGGAGAGAUGGAUUUUUGGGGCUAUGGGAAAUAAUACUUUUUUAAAUUUCAAUUGGAUUGGAUUAAAAAAAAAAAACCUACUCUAUUGUUGGUAAUUAUAUAUAUGAUUUUUUAUUGGGAGUUUUCACUUUUGUUACCUUGAUGUGAAAAAAAAAAUUGUAUCAAACAAUUACUUCAUACUUUAUUUUAAGAAAAAUUAACUGUUUACUAUAAGAA